CUCCCACCGCCAUUUUGCCCGCUGAGGGCACGGCCCCGCCCCGGCGGCGCGCUCCGGGCAGGCCCCGCCCCGGCAGCACGUGCCGCCAGCCCCGGCCAUCCCCGCUCAUCCCUGCCUGGGCCCGAACCGCUUCUCCAGCCUGGCGAUGACCAAACCAGGCCGGGCUGGCGGCUGCAGGCCUCAUUGCAACCCUCUUUCAUGUUGGUAUAAUUCGGCGCUUUUGGAUUCAAGCGGGGUUGUUCGUGCUUGAGGAUUGGUCUCUCUGGAGAGGGCACAGAUGCUGUAGUCAUCUUAGAAAAGACUCCUUUCCAGGAGGAGAAGAUCCCAGACCUGCUGAAGAAGCCCAUGAAUGCAGAGCUGCAGAUGCACAAUGACAUUUACUGCACCUUCUACCUGAGCCCACCCCCAGAGCUGAGUGAGAUCAAAGCCACAGUGGUGUACCCUGCCACGGAGAAACACAUCCAGAAAUAUCUCCGUCAGGAAGUGCACCUGAUCCGUGAAACCUGGGAGGAUUACAAGAACAUAACCCUGCCCUUCAUCCAGUCCCAGAGCUUCAGCAUCCAGUGGGUGUAUAAUAUCCUGGAGAAGAAAGCUGAGGCUGAUAGAAUCGUCCAUGAAAACCCAGAUCCUUCCAAUGGCUUUGUUCUGGUUCCAGAUUUAAAGUGGAAUCAAAACCAGCACAAGUAUUCCUGUAUGGCACCAGGAUCCCUGUAUAACAGCCUGGGAAGCUGUGAAUGCUGUGUCAGGUCCAAAGCACUGCUGCCUCUUUCUGUGUCCCCUCCAUCCCCUCCUGUGUCUCUGCAGCUGGAUGAUCUGUACCUGAUCGCCCUCGUGCACCGCCGGGAGAUCAAAUCUCUGCGGGAUCUCACAGCUGAGCACCUCCCGCUGCUGAGGAACGUCCUGCAGGAGGGGAAGGAGGCCAUCGUGAAGCGCUUUGGCGUGUCUGGCUCCCAGCUGCGGAUCUACCUGCACUACCAGCCCUCCUACCAGCACCUGCACGUGCAUUUCACCGCCCUGGGCUACGACGCACCGGGCAGCUCCGUGGAGAGAGCCCAUCUCCUGGCUGAUGUCAUUGACAACCUGGCCAUGGACUCCAUGUACUACCAGAAACGGGCUCUGACCUUCCCCCUGCGGGCUGAUGAGCCCCUGUUUAAGAAAUUCCAGGAGGCAGGAAAAGUGUGAGGAGGCAGAGGCUUUUGUAUAAUUUUUUUUUUUUAAAUAAAUACCCAUUUUUGGGCUUUUUUUUCUAAGGUUUGUGUUCCUCUUAUGUUUUUAAGCUCUGUUUUUGUACAAGGUGGGGCUGAUGAUCCUUUGCUAUGGAAACCGUGUUGUCUGUUCAAGUCCAUUAAAAUAUUGAUUGAAUAAA